CAAUAUUUCGCUUUGAUGUUUGAAUAUCCGAUUUAUUUUCCGAUUAAUUUUAUCUCAAAUAUGUUUUUUGCACUCUAUCUCCGCGACAUUUCUCCUGUAUCGCGAAACGACGCGAUGAUUGGACGACGAACGACGCGAACGCGAGGUUGAUUGGUUGUUUCCGGUAGCACCCGUCAGUGCGAAAUGUCAGACGACGUGGCCGGUGAUGGAACAUGGUAGGCUGCGCGAAUAAAGCGGCGAUAUUAUUCUCCGGCGCUUUCGACAUGUUAUGCAGUGAAGGCCGAUAAAGCGGGCGUAUCGAGUUAAGUACGUUUUAUCUGUGUUUCAACGUCGCUUCGAGCCCCUUGCACGACGUUGCAACAUGGGUCUGUGCAAGUGUCCGAAAAGAAGGGUAACGAAUCAAUUUUGUUUUGAGCAUCGCGUCAAUGUAUGCGAGCAUUGCAUGGUCACGAGUCAUCCGAAGUGUAUAGUACAGUCGUAUUUGUUAUGGCUCCAUGAUCAUGACUACAAUCCAGUUUGUACAUUAUGUGCUGGGAAAUUGAGCGAUGGCGAUUGCGUGAGACUGACAUGUUAUCACAUGUAUCAUUGGGUAUGCUUGGACCAAUAUGCCAGGGAUUUACCGGCAACCACAGCACCAGCUGGAUAUACUUGUCCUACAUGUCGAGUGUGUAUCUUUCCGCAAUCCAAACUGGUGUCACCAGUCGCGGAUGUUCUCAGGGAAAAAUUGGCCACAGUGAAUUGGGCUCGGGCUGGUCUUGGUUUACCAUUGUUAAGUGAAGACAGAGAACAGAAACUCGAACAAGAACGUCCUUCGAUAUCAGUAGCAAGCACCAUGUUCCAAAAUCAUACGGUAGCUACGCCAGCGACUCCUACAGUUGCUAUGUCUCGCACAAGUAGUACCAUCAAUUCAAAUUCCACUGUUAGCAAUGUACAUGCAGGUAAUCAGAAGCACGGUCCACCUUAUUCGGUCGUAAAUAUUGAAUCGUCUCUUGGAUUAUCCACUUCGGCAUCUAGAAAGGUGUGCGAAGCUUACGACGAUCCGAAAGAUAUGUCCUUUGAUCACGAUGAGAACAAGUACCAGCGAAAAUCCGCCAUAGAAUGGUUCCUAAGAUGGUGGAAGCUAAUAUCAAGAGCGCCAGUACGACGGAAAACCGCGGGAUCUCUGUACAAGAGAUAUGCCAUAGUAACUGUUAUUGGUAUAUUAUUCUUCGUUGGGAUUAUUCUGCUUUUUUCAUGGCUGGGCAGAAUGGCGACGGAUGGUGAUCCGAGCUUCAACGUAAUGGCAAAUCCUAAUGUGAAGCUUGGCGAACAGUCUGUUUAAUAUUAUAUAUAUAUAAUCACGAGUGCGAUAGCAAUCGUCAUGUAAACCGACCCCAAAAGUGCGAAAAAUGUGGCAAUGACGAUAUAUACAAGUGCGGGAGAAGCGCAAAAUGCAAUUGCAAGAUAUGCAAAUCGUAAUUUUAUAGGGACAGUAGGACAUAUCUAGUGUAAGUUAUAAUGUAUGUAAUAUUUGUUAAUUUUUAUGUAAAUUAUAUCACAUAUUAAAGUUGUAUAUUUAAAUCUGUAAAGGUUUCUCGAUUUAUAAACUACGAAAUUAUCACAAGCAAAAA